UCACGUGCCGCUGGCGCUGAUGGCGGUGGGGCUCGCGGAGGGUCGCACUGAAGCGGGAGCGCGAGGAGGCGGGAGACAGACAGCGGAACCGAGCGCCGACGCUCCGCCAAGCCAGCCGUGAGCACACCGAGCCGCGCUGCAGGGAGGCCCGCUGACUGGAUGGAGGGUCCAGGACGUCCUAUUGGCCGUCGUCUCGUCUCGCCCCACCAGCCGCUCCUCUCCUGCUGCUGCGGCAGAAGCGUCUUGGUGGGAUUCGUCUGAAAAAUGACCCCAACACUGCCAGGCUAGCCGCAGCUUCACUGUGAUCUCUGUCCUGCAGCUCCAACCUGCCAAGCGUUUAGAAACAGCCAGAGAAUAAAAACAAACUGAGAUUUGGUUAGAAACCAAACCACUUCGAACAUGUAGGUGGACUGCGACCAGCACCAGAUAGCUAACGGUGAGUUAGCGGCUUGAGGUAGACGGAUAGCGGUGGCUCUGGCGUAACAGAGGGUGAUCAGCGGGGGUGCGAUGGAGUACCACUCCGGUGGCAGCCUGCCCCUGCUGGGGAGACCGCGGUACUGCCCCGGAGCCAACGCUAACGGAGGAUAUCUGUGUGAGACGGGACACUGCUGCGGAGAGACCGGCUGCUGCACCUACUACUACGAGCUCUGGUGGUUCUGGCUGCUUUGGACCGUCCUCAUCCUGUUCAGCUGCUGCUGCGCGUACCGGCACCGUCGGGCCAAGCUGCGGGUCCAGCAGCAGCAGAGGCAGAGAGAGAUCAGCCUGCUGGCCUACCAUGGAGCCAACUCCUUCCCCUCCUCCAUGCUGGACCUCAGUUUCCUGGCGUCGCUAAAGCUGCCGUCCUAUGAGGAGGUUGCGGCCCAGCCCUCCACUCCUCCUCCACCGUACAGCUCUGUUUUUACGACCCCUCGAUACCCGCAGCCGCCGCGUGCCGCCGACCCGCACCUGCUUACGCAGCACGGCCCGCUGCUGCACCGACCGCUGAGCGACGGCCCGUCCUCCUUCAGCUCCGACAACAGCUCCAGCUGUUCCUGCGACUCCUGCUGCCCCUCUUCUCCGUGUAGCUCUUCACUCUCAGCGCCCAUCACCUACGAGACCGACACAAGCCACGCCUCCACGCCAAGCGAGGCCACGCCCCUCACCCUUGAUGUCACCAUGGAGACCAUAGCGGCUGCAGCCAGCUGCCUGGCGGCCAGCGAGGCCCGGUUCGCUUCUGACAGACCGGCCGCCGCGGUGGCCGUUGACAUCGAGGGCGCCGAAGACGUCAGCGCUCAGGAAGCCUCCGCCACGGACUCUUCCCUCCCCAGCCAGACUGUUACCGUGGCGGUGGUUACCAGGGCAGCGCCUCCUCAGCCCUCACCUGGCUCUGAGGUCACCCUCACCGUUGCAGCUUCGUCUCCUGGAAAGCUCGACAUGCCUCCUCCAUGUUCUCCGAUCUUCAGCACCGGUAGCUCCAGUCCACUCCCCAGUCCGAGGCUCGAUGCCAUCCAGCUCCCUUCCAGUAAAAUCACGAGAACCGGAAGUCUGUCAGGGCCUCCCACGCCAACAGCUAACCCCUCUGACUGCUGUGGACCGGUCGAAGCUCUGGAGACUCUUGAUUCUUCGAGAACUUUUGAUCCACCCAGUGCUCCUUCGACGCCAUCAGCAACGUCUCCAGACGUUCUCAGAACUAUGGCCUUGAAAGCAGACUCUGCCAGCCGUCUAACUCCUGAUCAGGAUGUUAGCGUUGUGCCAGCCGAUGCACCUGUAACCCCGACCCAAACUAUAGCGUCUCCAAACCCGACAAAGGACCAAGAACCACUGCUGUCUGAUUGUACUUCAGCCAUUAUUGGCGCCCCUCUGAUUCCAAAACCAACACAUUUAAAUCUCACCCCAGGUACGAUUACACAAACCGUUUCAUCUCCAUUGACUCAAAACUUAGAACCAUCUCCCGGGUCGGGUUUGGCCCAGAUUCCCUCAAGCCCUGGGUCAGGGCCUUCCCAGCACUCUUGUCUAGUUUUGACUGUAAACGUUUCUGGACCGAGUCCAGAGCUGCGAGGUUCAUCUGAGUCAAACCUUCUCGCACCAUUGCCUUCAGAUGUUCAGGCUAGUUUUAGCUCUGGAUCAGGAUCGCCAACCCUCCUUCCGGUUCCGGUAGACGGCACUUCUUCUUGUCCAGCAAUCACGAUCGAGUCUGAAACUUGUUUCAUGUCUUCUCCGUCGCCCCUUGCGGUUGUUUCUCCAUCCUCACCCCAAACCCCUCUUGUGGCACCAGCAUUACUCCUGGACCCCCUCACCGCUCUUCACCCGUCCGACAAAGGCGGUUCCUCCUCCGGCCACGCAUCCUCCCUCUCCCCGUCGCCCCGCGCUACUCAGUCUCCACCGAAACAGACCGUCUUCUCGCCGUGCGUGGACGUCUUCGAACCCGGACCCGCGUGCUGGGAGGACGGAGACGAGGAGCAGGCCGCUGGGGACAGAGAGGAGGACGAAGACGAUGACAUGGGAGCGGACGAGAGCCAGUACCGGCACCGUCGUCUUACCGGCGACUCUGGGAUUGAGGUAUGCAGAUGUCGAGUAGAGGAGGAGGAGGAUGAGGAUGAAGAAGAGGAAGAGGAGAAAGACGGAGACACGGACGUGCAUGAUAGCGUGGAUUGUCCCGCAAGAAGUCAGAUGAGCACAGGGGACGAACUUACGCCGUGCAACCCCUCCACCUCGGUCACCACGUCGACCCCUGAAGAGAAGGUCAUUAUCGUCAUGGAGACAGUGUAACCGAUGAAAGUCGAUGGUUCAGUUCCUCGCUCUGACCUGGAGGACGCCAGGCAGCCAUCAAAUUUAGAAGAUGCUUCUCGAGCGUCGUGGUUGUGAACCUAGACGAUGAAUGCACCGGUGUUAGAAAGAUUUGGUUCGGAAGUCAUUUUAUGGACUUUGGUGCCACGUUCACCAGAUCUAGAGGCGUCUGUUUCAUUUCAGGAUGAUUGAGCUAAAACUUAGCUCUUCUUCCUUACCUAAGAGAUCUCCAUGUCCUGAACACUCUUUAACACGUAUUAAAUAACACUGUAACCCAAUCUUUGUUGACUCGCAUCAACAAAUUUUAAUAAAUCCUCUUAACAGUCAAAUAUGGUUAGCAUCGAUCCAACUACAUAAAUUUGCACACAAGGGGGAAAUAAUCUCCAUGUGACGCAAAUACGGCAUAAAAGCUGCACACGUGUUUGUCUGAGGUUGAAAUCGUGCCCCUGCAGGCAGUGACGCUUUCCGUCUUUUGCCCAUAAAUGAGCAUCUUUAAAGAGUCGAGCAUUCAGAAGGCGGCGAUACCUUCCACUGCCGUCUUGGAUGAUGACGGAGGUUUGGAAAUGUGCCGGGAACAAGUUGGCUUGCUCUGAAAAAGGAAGAGAGCCCGGUGUAGGUGGAUGAUUCACGGCGCCUGAUUGACGGAGGGGAGACUGAUUCACUGGGUUUGAUGGCUGGGUCUGUCAGCAGAGCAGAGUUAGGUUUGCAGUUAGCGAGUGGAAAACUUCAAGGCGGACAGCUCGGCUUGGCUUGUGUUGCGUCGACAUCUCAGCAGAGAAAAGCUCUUACAUGAAUGUAAACAAACAAUGGCUGCUUUUAGAGCGAAACAAAGCCCCAAAGAGAGCAGAGGCGGAGCGUGUCAUCGCCCCGUCUUUGUCUCUUUCUCGGAGUGUGAGGUCAGAUCAAACAAUACGCCGUAGACGCCUCGAUCUCCGUCACUUUCUGGGUCUCUUCAUUCAUAAACGCCCCUCCUUCGUCUUUAACUUUAGCAGAUUUGAACAAUAGUACAAAACAAAUUGCAGAGCAAACAGAGACAUUUCAAGGCCUUUUAAAAGAAUAAGUCACGGCAAACGUGUUUAAAGAGUUUGGUUUAUUUUUAGGUCGGUGUUUCGUACGUUGUGAGCUUGAUAGACAAGUCAGUGUACAUAUUUUGUGACACACAGAGAUGGAGUAUAUUUUAUCAAUGAAGCAGUUAGUAGUUGUUUUGUACAUGCUGCCGUGUUUCAGCUCACCGUAGGAUCUGGAAUUGGAAGUGAGAUGAUGAGCAAUAUUUUUAUUCUAGAGAGUAAAUAAACCCAGAGAAAAGUGAAAAUACAGCAUCAGAAACGUCAGGAUGAAAAAGUUUACUGUUAAGGGUUAGACCGAUGUCUUUAGCUGAUGAAAAGUUUUAGAAGCAGUUUUGAGCAACUUUGAAAAGAAAAACAUUUCAUCGUGUUGAAGGGGGUUGGUGUUUAUCUCCUACGGUCAAAUGAUAAGAGACGCAUCUGAAGCAGGUUCCCAGUCCAACACAGGGUUAAGAAAUGUGUUGAUAUAAUCCAAUCUAUUAGGAAAUGAUGCAUCCAUCUAUCAUCUAUACAAGGCCAUGAGGGCCUAGUGUCUGUCUCUCCCGGUCAGUUUGGGGAACAGGGGUACACCUUAAGGCUCCAGUCCGCCACAGGGUCAACAGUUACCUGCACUUUACUGGUGACUCCCAACGUUUUUCAGAAUAGUUGGGAGUUGUUUUCUUGGUGCAAAAAAGUUUACAAAUGAGGCUGAUGAAAAGUGUUUAGAUGCAUUUUUGUUCAACUGAGGAAAGAAAAAAUGCUCCAUGUAGGGCGUUGGUCUCUUGAGGUCAACGGACAAGAGACACCUGAAGAAGGUUCCCACAUGGUCAAGACAUAAUCCAGUCUAUUAGGAAGUGACACGAUCCACCAUCUUCUUUACAAGGCCAUGAGGGACAGACUGGUGUCUGUCUCUACUGGCCACUGAGGGCACAGGGGUACACCUUAAGGUGCCAGGCCGCCACAGGGUCAACAGCUACCCUGACUUCACUGGUUCUGUGAAUAUGUGGUAUAACGGUAGGUUUCACCAUUCACCAGCCUGUAGGAAGUGCUUUCCUGUUUCAAAAACGUCCAUUUGGGAGAAAGAUCAGUCAGCAGAUUGAUGAAACAUUUAGAUGUUUCCUCCAGCAGUAAAGCUAAACGGGCCUGUGAUUGAGGAAAAGUGAAGGUUCUCAUCACCUCAUGAAAUCAUCCACCCAACCUUAGUGAAUGGAGAGAGACUCAGCCUGGUUGAUUGGUCUUUAUACCCUGUGCUCAUGCUGCAUUGAUCCACACUUUCAUGCAUAACU